CCCAUGAGGAGGCGGAGAGAGGCUGCAGGCACUGACCUGCCUUCAGCUUCCUGCUUGGCAAACUCUGAAAACUUUCACUUUUCUUUUCUCUGAAGCCCGGCCCCUUACUGCGUUUGUCAAAGCACGGACUUCCUGUUUUGCCUGCUACCAUCUCCCUGUAACUCUCCCAACCUUCGAGGAGUGAUCCCCGGCUCAGCUCCUGGAAAGGGGCAGGAACGACAAACUCAAAGUCCAGGAUGUUCACCAUGACAAGAGCCAUGGAAGAGGCUCUUUUUCAGCACUUCAUGCACCAGAAGCUGAGGAUCGCCUAUGCCAUACACAAGCCAUUUCCCUUCUUUGAAGGCCUCCUAGACAAUUCCAUCAUCACUAAGACAAUGUACAUGGAAUCUCUGGAAGCCUGUAGAAAUUUGGUCCCUGUAUCCAGAGUGGUGCACAACAUUCUUACCCAACUGGAGAGGACUUUUAACCUGUCUCUUCUGGUGACAUUGUUCAGUCAAAUUAACCUGCAUGAAUAUCCCAAUCUGGUGACGAUUUACAGAAGCUUCAAACGUGUUGGCGCUUCCUAUGAACAGCAGAGCAGAGACACACCAAUCCUACUUGAAGCCCCAGCUGGCCUAGCAGAAGGAAGCUCCCUCCAUACCCCACUGGCGCUGCCCCCACCACAACCGCCUCAACCAAGCUCUUCACCCAGUGCGCCAAGAGUCAGUGAGCCUGGAACAUCCUCACAGCAAAGCGAUGAGAUCCUGAGUGAGUCGCCCAGCCCAUCUGACCCUGUCCUGCCUCUCCCUGGACUCGUCCAGGAAGGAAGAAGCACUCCAGUGACCAAUGAUGAGUUAACAUCCAAAAUGAAUGAGGAAGACGACUCAGAAGAGAUGCCCAGCCUCCUCGCUAGCACUGUGCCAGUGGCCAGUGACAGCCUAAUCUCCCAAAUAAAAGAUAAAGAAGACCCCCAAGAGAUGUCCCACUCUCCGUUGGGCUCUAUGCCAGAGAUAAGAGAUGAUUCUCCAGAACCAAAUGACCCAGAAAAGCCCCAGGAGGUGUCCAGCACACCUUCAUACAAGAAAGGAAAGAAAAGAAAAAGAUAUGUCUGGUCAACUCCAAAAAGGAGACAUAAGAAAAAAAGCCUCCCAAGAGAUGCAGCCUCACCUAGACAUGGAAUCCAAAAGAAGCUCAAAGUGGUGGAUCAGGUUCCCCAAAAGAAAGAUGACUCAACUUGGAACUCCACGGUAGUGACAAGGGUCCAAAAGGCGAGAGCUGAAUGUGCCCGAAACUCCAGAUCAGAGGAGAUCACUGAUGACACUUCAAAAAUGAAUGAAGGAAAGAGGUCCCAGAGGACGCCUAGCACACCAUCAAGGGUCACACAAGUGGCAACCUCACCUGGGCAUGGCAUCAAAGAGAAGCUCCAAGUGGUGGAUAAGGUGACUGGAAGGAUGGACGACUCAACCUGGAACUCAAAGGUCAUGAUGAGCGUCCAAAAGGCAAGAACUGAAUGUGCCCAGAAGUCCAGAUCGAAAGGAAAACCCAAAAGUGACACUGUGGAUUUUCACUGUUCUAAGCUCCCGGUGACCUGUGGUGAGGCGAAAGGGAUUUUAUAUAAGAAGAAAAUGAAACACGGAUCCUCAGUGAAGUGCAUUCAGAAUGAGGAUGGAACUUGGUUAACACUAAAAGAAUUUGAAAUGGAAGGAAAAGGAAGAAACACAAAGAACUGGAAUCGGAGUAUACGUUGCGGAGGAACGACCCUAGGAGAGCUGCUGAAGUGGAAAAACUUGGAUGAAUGCGAGGUGUGCCGUAAAGGGGGAUAACUUCUCUGCUGCGGUACUUGUCCACGAGUCUUCCGUGAAGACUGUCACAUCCCCCCUGUGGAAGCCAAGAGGAUGCUGUGGAGUUGCACCUUCUGCAGGAUGAAGAGGUCUUCAGGAAGCCAACAGUGUCAUCAUGUAUCUAAGAUCCUGGAGAGGCAGAUGCAGCCUCAGGACCAGCUGAUUCGCGAUUACGGUGAGCCCUUUCAGGAAGCAAUGCGGUCGGACCUGGUUAAGGAAAGGCUGAAUACGGAAGUGUACACGGUGGCAUAGUUUGUGCGGGACAUGCGCCUGAUCUUCCGCAACCAUAAAACAUUUCACAAGGCUUCCGACUUUGGCAAGGCAGGACUUGACUUAGAGGCAGAAUUUGAAAAAGAUCUCAAAGACGUGCUUGGUUUUCACGAAGCCAGUGAAUGUGGUUUCUGGACUCUUCCUUUACCCUGUUCUGAAAAGACUGAAGCAUCGCAACCUCAGGAUUCAGCUGAUGGGACCCUGGCUUGGACUAUUAAUUGCCCGUGAGUCUGGGAUGUAAUUGGCUGCCCUCAGGACCCAAACCCAGACCCUUCAUAGGAUUAUCACACCCUCCACCACCUUUAUUCUUUCAUUUUACCUUUAAAAGGCUAUAUCCACACUAAAAAAACGAAAUUAGUACUUCCUUCACACCAUCAGAUACCCCAUCAUAGUUCUCAUAGUUCACAUUCUCCCCACUGUCUCAGAAGUCUUUUUAGAGUUGAUUUGUUCAAAUCAGGAUCUAAACAAGUUGCACACAUUGCAUUUGGCUCACCUGUCCCUAUGUCUCUUUUAAGCUAUAAAUUGUCAUGUAUUUACUGAAGAACUCAGGGUUUUGGUCCUAUUACAUUUUUUGCAAUCUGGAAUUUUCUGGUUGCAUUUUCUUAGUGGUAUAGUCCUCUCUUCCUCUCAUUUUUUGUAAGCUAGAAGUUAGAUCUAGAAGCUUGCUUUAACUCAGGUUUUGAGGGGUUUGCUUUGAUUUGGGGUUUUUUGGGCACACGCAGGCUUUGCAGGGGGAAUUUAGUAUUAUUUUUUAUGUUAAACUUGGCAGCAGGCGCAGGUGUUAUCAGCCUGAUCAUCUGUCACCUGACGGUUUUAGCAAUACCUAAAUCCGUGAUAUCAUCAGGGGUUGCAAAAUGAUGAGAUUCCGAUUUUAUUUUUUUACAUCAUUAUUGGUCAGAUUUCUUCUGCAAAUAGCUUCUCUUUAACAAUAUUCAGUUAUCUUGAAAUAUAGGUUGUACAAAAAAUAGGAUAAAUGUUUGUUUUUUUUAUUUAGCAAUGUUCAAAAUAACGAAUUGAUUUCCUAAUAUCCUCUAAAGGUAACCAGGGAUUCUUUUAUUGAAUUAUCUUGAACCCACAUAUUUAAAUAUAUGUAGUAUGCUACAAACCAUUGCAGUUAAUACCUUUAUUGAUGCUUGAGUUGCCCACUUUUUUUUUUUUUGAGACAGGGUCUCACUCUGUCACCCAGGCUGGAGUGCAGUGGCGCCAUCUUGGCUCACUGCAACCUCCUCCUCCUGGGUGCAAGUGAUUCUCCUGCCUCAGCCUCUGAGUAGCUGGGAUUACAGGCCUGUGCAAGUUCCCCACUUUUAGUGAGAAUCUCCUCAGUUUGCCUCCUGAGUUGUUUUGAAAUGACCCCAGCACUCUUGGAUGGUGUAUUAGCUAUCAUUGCUGUGUAACAAAUGACCUCAACGCUUAGCUGCUUGAAAAGAAGAAAAACAUUUUAUUGCUCACUAUACUGUGGGUCAGGAACUCAGGCAUCAUCUAUGAGGAUGCUUACCGUUGCUCCACAUGGUCCUGGCAGACCCCAUUCAUACUUGCACACUGUCACUUCUGCCACAAUCUAUUGGUGAAAGCAAGUCACAGGGCCAGAUUCAGAAGGAGGGAGAAUAGACCCUACCUCUUGAUGCAAUGAGUGACAAAGUCACAUUUCAAAGGAGAAUGUUGCUUGGGAGGAAACAUUGCUGCUCCCAUCUUUAGAAGCAAUCUGCUGUAGUUCACCCUCUAGCCAAGUAGUUCCCAUCUUUCCCAUAUGCAAAGGACACUCCUCUCCCCUCAGAAGUCUCACUCUCUGCAGCAUUGGAACAAAGUCCAGGACCUCCUUAUCUAAAUCAGGUUCAGCUCAGAUAAGCCUUCUUGGGACUGGGCACAGUGGCUCACACCUGAAAUCCCAGCACUUUAGGAGGCCGAGGCAGGUGGAUCGCUUGAGUCCAAGAGUUCAAGACCAGCCUGGGCAACAUGGCAAAACCUCAU